AUGAAUUUUCACAAUUUAACGAUACAUGGAACACAACAGUCCUCUGCCGGAUCAGAUCAGACCCCUUGGGGGUCAUUUCAAGCACCAACUUGUUCAUCAAGGUGGCAAAGGCAUGAACCUAUAGCUUGGAAAGAAAUAUUGGAAGGUCCUGGAGAGUGCCAAAAUCCUAUUUUGCUGUCUCGACCGGGCCAGAAAGUUGUGAGAGCUAUAAGAGAAAUUUAUGGACCGCGUCAAGGCGUGACUAAUCAGUGUACUACACAACAAGCUUCAGAAUAUUACCUUAGUGAACCAAAGGCUGAACCAUGCAAGCAUCUGUGUUUUACUGGAGAUCCCACACUUGAAGAAAGAAUUGAUUUACAGGAGCUAAGCACGGUAUCGCCUUGUGGUAUACAGCAAAGGCUGCAAGCAAAUGCGAUAGCAUUAAGAAAUUUGUCUUCACCCCAGUUUAAGGAAGAGGAAUCACCAUACUUUGCCAAAACAGACCACACGUCAUCAAGAGAGGAGAAGAAUAACGAUCAGUCAGGGAGAAACACUGAAAACGCAAACAAAAGGAAAGCACAGCAGAGUCCAAUCACCAGUUACUUCAAAGAAAGGAAAACUGUUCAAGGGAACGAUGCUAAGAGAGCACAAACAGCGGACACAGAAACUACACCGAAAGAGAACGUCAUCAAGAAUCAAAAGCGAGGGAGUAAAACGUGGGAAAAUCAGCCUAUUAAAGUCUCGACGAUGAGUCUAGGUCAAAGAGAGGUGUUUGAACAGAACCUCAAAUCAGCAGAAGAGGUCGCGUGCACUCUGGUUUAUGAAGACGGGUGGUCGCUCUUAAGACCGAACAAACAACAAGCUCCUACCAUGGUUGUUGCACUACCUUGGUCUGAAACGACUUCAAGUACCAUUGAUUCCUCACAAGGCCGACUAACGUUCGUGGAAAUUCCUAUAGACACAGCGGAGGAUUCUUUAACAAACUGGUGCAGGAGAGUAGUGGAUGAUCUAAUGACGUCAUCAUCGACCAGGAAAAUCUGCUUCGAUUCCCAGAAAAUAGUUCGGUAUCUUGUGGAGACAACACAUUAUGACGUCAAAAAGGUUUGUCUCAGGUGGCGUCUUCUUGAUCCUAGAAUAGCUGCUUGGCUAUUAAACCCGGACAACCCGCCAGGAACCUUUGCAGACGUUCUUGCAUCCGUCCAGCUCAGACUUCCAGAGAGUGGGGCAGAGGAUGAUUCAAUGAUUUGCCAAGAUGUUGCGAUGCUUGGGCCUCUCAUGGUGAAACAAUAUGGGAAGCUUAAGAUGAAAAUUGUAAAGGUCGAAGCAGAAGCCCACAAGGCUGCAGGGCAUCCUUUUCUUAUCAACAGUCCUCAGCAGCUGAGAGAGGUGCUGUUUGAAGAGCUGAGACUAGACCAAAAAUGUAAGAAGAAGCUUGCAAGAACCACAAUCAAGAAUUAUAAAUCCACCUCAGAAGCUGUGCUGCUUCACCUGCAAGAGUUUCAUCCAUUACCAAAGCUUGUUCUGCAGUACAGACAUUUGGUAAAACUAAAGUCGACGUACUUUGAUGGAAUACUCUCACAUGUCCAUGAGGGAAUUCUUUUAACAAGCUGGGACCAAACAGCAGCGGCCACUGGAAGACUAACGUCAGCAAAUCCAAACCUUCAGGCCAUCCCAAAACAAGUUAUAGAGGUAUCUGGAAUCAAGAAACAGUUCAUCUUGUCACCGAAGGAAAGUCUCCAUCUUCUAGACACUGGUUAUUCUGAAACCCUUCUUUCAUCAUCUUUAGGCAAACCGGAAGAAGUGGUAACCAUUUAUGCACGGGAUGCUUACACAAGUAGAGAAGGCUGGUUAUUACUUGCGGCAGAUUUUCAGUCCAUUGAACUUCGCUUACUGUCCCACCUGUCCGGAGACCCGUCGCUGAUACAGAUCUUCAACGACAAACAAUGUGCAGACGUAUUUACAACACUUGCCUCACAGUGGUUGGACAAAAGCUGUGAGGAAGUUCAGUUUCAUGAGAGAGAAAGGACCAAACGAAUUGUGUAUUCUGUUAUCUACGGUGUUGGAAGCGAAAAACUUGGGCAUACCCUCAAAGUGAGUGCUGAUGAAGCAAAAGGAUUCAUUGAGAGCUUUUUAGGGAGAUUUCCAAGAAUAAAGGAAUUCACCCGACGCUGUAUUGAGAGUUGUCAAAGAAACGGCUACGUGUCCACCAUUUUGAACAGAAGGCGAUGGCUGCCACAUAUCAAGUCUUAUGAUUUCACCCAAAGAUCGCAGGCUGAACGACAGGCUGUCAAUUUUAUCGUGCAGGGUUCUGCCGCCGAUAUUUGUAAAGCAGCGAUGAUUCAGGUCAUAAGUGCCAUAAGCGAGGAUACCUCUCUGCACGCAAGACUGCUGUUACAAAUACACGAUGAGCUUCUAUUGGAGGUCCCUGAAGAUGAAAUUAACAAAGUGACAGGUAGCAUAUCUCUGUCAGUUUUCUUAUGUUUUCUACGAAACAUUGCGCGGAGAAUAAUGUAAAAUAUCUAUUUAUGAUUGCAGCAAGCGUCAAGUCAAUAAUGGAAUCUACGGAGAAACUUUGUGGUGGCAAGGUCAAGCUGAAGGUAAUAAAAGUAUUACUAUUGGUGGAAGUCGUAAACUGGGACUUAUACUGCAUGUAUUCAGCGAAAACAAGGAUUUUUACUGACAUAUAACAGACCAUAGAAGAGAAUGAAGUGCAUGCGGCAUGCUUUGGCGUAAUUGGGCAAGUAAUUUUAAUUUUAAAAAUGUUUGGCCUCUACUUAGAAUUUGUACUUGUAUCAUACAUAAGAUUAGAAAUUUGUGAAAACCAAACAACAUCUCAAGCCAGUACGUAAUCCAUUUUAAAACAGCCACCAAUUGAACACUUGCAUUUCUUAUUCAUAGGUACCACUUCCUGUGUCUAUCAGUACUGGACAGACGUGGGGACACAUGGACACCUUCCCUGUUUCAAUGCCGCCCCUAACGCCUUCAUAAUUAACAGCUCUGGAAUGACAUUUAUACGCUUUCCUUGUAACAACCUUGCCCUAAAUCAAAGAUGGCGUAAUUGUAUGCCACACAUUAAAAUUUAACCUACUCGCUGUCUUAAUGAAUCAGUGUUAUAACGUUUUUUCAGAGAAGAGUGGAAAAAUUUCUCGUUACUUAAUCAAUUUUUUUUCUCGUCGGUCCGAUGCAAGGCACUGUACUUGUUGUUCAAUAUCACCAAACUGUAGAGCAAAGACUGCUAAAGAUGAAGGGUCUUAAGUAAUGUACGAAAACUGUUAUUAAAACUAAUUGUAUAACAUCGGUCAUUCCAAUCUAGAGGAAACGACGCUGUUAUAUAUCUUAGUAAAUGGAAAUACCGGUUAACAAUUCCAAUUUUGAAACACAUUUGUACUUUAUGCAUGAAUCUCUGAAUUGCUAAGCAUCAGGUUUUUUUUAAUAAACUAAGACAUAAUACUGAGUCAACAGUGUUACUUAUAGCUAUUAA